CCCCCCAGCCCCCCCAUUGCCAGCUCCCCCCGCUCACACGUGGUGCUGACGAAGGCACCGCGGGGCCGUCGCGCUCCCGCUGCCGGCCCGACCCUCUGGGGGGGUGGCGAGGGGUCCCCGGCCCCGGCCCCCCCUCCCCGCGUGUGACAGCGUCGUGUGUGUCCCCCCCACCCGGGCAGGCGCUGGAGGAGGUGAAGAUGUCCGGCUCCAUCGCCUCGUACGACCAGCUGGUGCGGCAGGUGGAGGCGCUGAAGAAGGAGAACAGCCACCUCCGGCGGGAGCUGGAGGACAACUCCAACCACCUCUCCAAGCUGGAAAAUGAGACCUCGGACAUGAAGGAGGUCCUGAAGCACCUCCAGGGCAAGCUGGAGCAGGAGGCCCGAGUCAUGGUGUCCUCGGGGCAGACGGAGGUGCUGGACCAGCUCAAAGCCUUGCAGAUGGACAUCACCAGCCUCUACAACCUCAAGUUCGCCCCGGAGGUGACGAGCGCCGGGCGCGGCGCCGAGGAGAGCCCGCCGGCCCCCGCCUCCCACCGGGACGGCCCCGGGGAGCUGGGCAGGGCCACCUUCCGCAUGCUGGAGGAGCUGGACCGAGAGAGGUGCUUUCUGCUGGGGGAGAUCGAGAAGGAGGAGAAGGAGAAGGUCUGGUACUACGCGCAGCUGCAGAGCCUGGCCACUCGCCUGGACGAGCUGCCCCACGUGGAGACGUUCUCCAUGCAGAUGGAUCUGAUCCGGCAGCAGCUGCAGUUCGAGGCGCAGCACAUCCGCUCGCUGAUGGAGGAGCGCUUCGGGACGGCCGAUGAGAUGGUGCAGCGGGCACAGAUCCGGGCAUCCCGGCUGGAGCAGAUCGACAAGGAGCUGAUGGAGGUGCAGGACAAGGCGCAGCAGCCGGAGCCGCAGCUCUGCGGGAAGGUCCCGGGCAUGGAGGGGGACGGCAGCCUGGACCCCCCGACCCACCCCGAGGAGGGGGGCAACACCAAGGUGGAGGUGGUGUUCUGGCUGCUGUCCAUGCUGGCCACACGGGACAAGGAGGACAUGUCCCGCACGCUGCUGGCCAUGUCCAGCUCGCAGGAGAGCUGCCAGGCCAUGCGCAAGUCGGGCUGCCUGCCCCUGCUCAUCCAGAUCUUGCACGACUCCGACGGGGAGCCGGGGCCCCCCGAGAGCCCCACGGGCGCCAAGGACGCCCGGAUGCGAGCCAACGCCGCCCUGCACAACAUCGUCUUCUCCCAGCCCGACGAGGGCCAGGCCAAGAAGGAGAUGCGGGUGCUGCACGUGCUGGAGCAGAUCCGGUCCUACUCGGAGACCUGCUGGGACUGGCUGCAGAUGCAGAGCCGGGACGGGGGACGGGGCCCCGAGGGCGCGGUGCCAGUGCCCAUCGAGCCCCAGAUCUGCCAGGCCACCUGUGCCAUCAUGAAGCUGUCCUUCGACGAGGAGUACCGGCGGGCCAUGAACGAGCUGGGUGGGCUGCAGGCUGUGGCCGAGCUGCUGCAGGUGGACUACGAGAUGCACAAGAUGACCAACGACCCCCUGAACCUGGCGCUGCGACGCUACGCGGGGAUGGCCCUCACCAACCUCACCUUCGGCGACGUGGUCAACAAGGCCACGCUGUGCUCCCGCCGGGGCUGCAUGGAGGCCAUCGUGGCUCAGCUGGGCUCCGACAGCGAGGAGCUGCACCAGGUGGUCUCCAGCAUUCUGAGGAACCUCUCCUGGCGCGCUGACAUCAACAGCAAGAAGGUGCUGAGGGAGGUGGGCAGUGUCACUGGGCUGACGCGCUGUGCCCUGCACGCUGGCAAGGAGUCGACGCUGAAGAGCGUCCUGAGCGCGCUGUGGAACCUCUCAGCGCACAGCACGGAGAACAAGGCGGCCAUCUGCGGGGUGGAGGGGGCCCUGGGCUUCCUGGUCAGCACCCUCACAUACAAGUGCCAGAGCAACUCCCUGGCCAUCAUCGAGAGCGGCGGCGGCAUCCUCAGGAACGUCUCCAGCCUUGUCGCCACACGAGAGGAUUACAGACAGGUGCUCCGGGACCACAACUGCCUGCAGACGCUGCUGCAGCACCUGCGCUCACACAGCCUGACCAUCGUCAGCAACGCCUGCGGCACCCUCUGGAACCUGUCCGCCCGCAGCCCCCGCGACCAGGAGCUGCUGUGGGACCUGGGGGCGGUCAGCAUGCUCCGCAACCUCAUCCACUCCAAGCACAAGAUGAUCGCCAUGGGCAGCGCAGCCGCACUGCGCAACCUCCUCACCAACCGGCCCCCCAAGUACAAGGAUGCGGCCGUGGUGUCGCCAGGCUCCUGCAUGCCCUCGCUCUACAUGCGCAAGCAGAAGGCGCUGGAGGCCGAGCUGGACGCCAAACACCUGGCGGAGACCUUUGACACCAUGGAGAAGCAGAGCCUGAAGGGCCAGAGCGCCAAGAAGCCGAUGCGGCACAUGGAGAGCCUGGUGAAGGACUACGCCUCCGACUCCGGCUGCUUCGACGACGAUGAGGUGCCCAACGUCUCCACCGGCGUGGAGACGGCCAGCGCCUCCGUCCUCUCCAUGUUCCUCAACUCCUCCUUCCUGCAGGGCCAGGCGCUGCCGCGGGCGCUGGCGCAGCGGCACUGCCCGGAGCCGGAGAAGGACGGCAGUGGGAAGACGGCCGAGCCCAAGAAGCCACCGCUGCCGGAGGACGACGUCUCGCUGGCUGCCGAGAAGUUGGCCAACAAGAUCUCCAGCACGGUGGCCAAGAUUGACAAGCUGGUGGAGGACAUCUCCACCAUGCACAACUCCUCGGACGACAGCUUCAGCCUCAGCUCCGAGGACCACUGCCUGGACUGGCAGUACGGCCCCGAGGAGGGGCACGAGGCGCGCGCCCAGUCCUGCUCACCAUGCCGGCUGUCGGAUGCCGGUGGCUUCGCCAAGCGGGAGAGCCUGAGCCGGGCACACACCCUGCUGCGGCUGAAGACGGCCUACACCAGCCUGUCCACCGACAGCCUCAACAGCGGCAGCACCAGCGACGGCUACUGCACCAAGGAGCACAUGAAGCCCUGCCCCAGGGCCGCCUUCCUGGACUAUCGUGACGAGCUGCAGCGUUACCAGAAGCGGCCCAGCCGGCUCGACCUCAAGAGCAUCCUGGGCAAACCGGAGCGGGUCGAGCCCCCCGCGCGGGAUCCGGCCGAGCCAGACAAACCGGAGCAGCGGGACCUGCCCGAACGGGCCAAGAAGACGGUGACUUUCCCCAGCCCCAAGAUGCCAGAGAAGGAGACGGAGUGGAAGAAGGAGGUGGGCACCAAGCCACCCACCGACCCCCAUGUUCGCACCAUCAAGCUCUCUCCGUCCUACCAGCACGUCCCCAUGCUCGAGACCCUGGCCAAGAGCAGCGCGGCCGCCGGCCACCAGCCCUCCCUCCUGGGCAGGAAGCAAGCCUGGCUUUCCCCAGCGCUGCUGCAGGCGGCCGAGCCCCUGAGCAAGAUCCCAGAGAAGCUGCCGGCCCAGCCACCGGCCUCAGCAGAGCAGGAGUCGGUGCAGAAGUACUCGGUGGAGGACACCCCGAUCUGCUUCUCCCGGUGCAGCUCCCUGUCCUCCCUCUCCUCGGCAGACAACGUGCUGGAUGGGCAGAGCCACAGCGAGAAUGACCUGGAUAGUGACUCCUCCCUGGAGAUCCUGGAGAUGGAGGAAGGGGACGCAGAAGGGGAGGGCGGGAGGCAGGAGAAGGAGAAGGUGGUGGAUCCUGGUCCCACCACGCCGGUGGGGAUCUCCCAGCCCAUCUCCAUCCCCUUCCCGAAGCGUGACAAGGUUUUCCUGCGGGAGGCCUCGCCCUCGCGCCAGGAGGACCUGACACCCUCCAGCUCCUCGGAGAACUACAUCCAGGAGACGCCGCUGGUGAUGAGCCGCUGCAGCUCCGUCAGCUCCCUGGGCAGCUUCGAGAGCCCCUCCAUCGCCAGCUCCAUCCAGAGCGACCCGUGCAGUGAAAUGAUCAGCGGCACCAUCAGCCCCAGCGAGCUGCCCGACAGCCCUGGGCAGACCAUGCCCCCCAGCCGCAGCAAGACUCCCCUCUUCGAGCUGGGCUGCCAGCCAGAGAAGGAGACCAGCCAGUUCAACAUCCAGUGGGAGAACAACGUCAAGAAGUUCAUGGAGAUCACCGACUUCAAGGAACGCUUCCAGCUGCCCCAGGACCUGGACUCCAUGGUCUACUUCACGGUGGAGAAACCCAACGAGAACUUCUCGUGCGCCUCCAGCCUGAGCGCCCUGCCCCUCCACGAGCACUACGUCCAGAAGGACGUGGAGCUCAAGCUGAUCCCCACCUUCCCAGAGAAGAACAGCCUGAACUUCGCAGCCCACGAGAAGCGGGAGGAGCGGCGGGAGGAGCGGUACCUGGAGGGCCGGCGAAGGGCUGAGCGCCCCGAGCCCCCCGACGACGACGACAUCGAGAUCCUCAAGGAGUGCAUCAGCUCGGCCAUGCCCUCCCGCUUCCGCAAGGUCAAGACCUCGCUGCUGUCCGGCCAGGUGCUGCACCCGCAGACCAAGAAGCCGGUGCACGUCCCCGUGUACAUGCUGGUGCCGGCCCACGCCCACCCCGGUGUGCCCAAGCACCUGCGAGCCACCGCUCGCGACCUCUUCAAGGACGACGACUCCUUCACCGACUCGGCCGACGGAACCCCCGUGAACUUCUCCAGCGCCGCCUCGCUGAGCGACGAGACCCUGCGGUACCCGGCGGGCGAGGAGGCCGAACACCCCCUGCCCGAGCGGCGCCGCGAGCCUGGCACCAUCCCGGCCCGCAGGGCCGCCUCCGGCAGCUCGGCGCCCGCCCGGCUCAGCUCUGCCGGAAAGGGCAAAGCGGGGCCGGGCCGCAGCGAGGGGAAGCGGGGCCAGACCCUCCCGAAGGGCACAGCCAGCCUGGAGCUGGGGGUGGGCAGGGCCAGCGGUGCUCCCGGGAGGAAGGAUGACGCCCUGGAGGACGGGGUGGUGUUCCAGUCGCUGUGCCACACCACGCCGACGGAGGAAGCCGUCUACUGCUUCUACGAUCCGGAUUUGGACGAGCUGCCCGAGGCAGGCAGGGAUGGUUCCAGCAGCAAAGCCCAGCCCGGCCGGGCGCCCCGCAGGGAGCGCUGGGGAGGCUCCGUCCCCCACAAGGACCCCGAGCCCGGUCCCCGUCCGGCAAAGACGAAGCCUCAAAACAACCUCAUCGCCGACGAGACGCCACCGUGCUACUCCCUGAGCUCCUCCAUGAGCUCCCUGAGCGACGCCAACCUCUCCGAGGGCGAGGAGCGGGGCCAGCCCUGCGGCAAAGCCACCUGGCCGCGGUCGGCCGCGGUGGGGCAGGCGCAGGGGGGCUCGCCCAGCUCCCCCAGCCUCAAUUCGGAGGAUGAUCUGCUGCAGAAAUGCAUCGGCUCGGCCAUGCCCAAACGCCGGCGGCCCACGGCUCGCCGCAGGCUAGUGGAGAGAAAGCAGAAGCCGCCGGGCCCUGGCGGGAGGGAGCGGAAAGCCGAGGCCAGGCAUCACCCCGAGGAGGAGGCCGGCUCCGACCGCGGCUCCGACCUGGACAGCGUGGAGUGGCAAGCCAUCCAGGAGGGAGCCAACUCCAUCGUCACCUGGCUGCACCAGGCUGCCGCCUCCCUGUCACGGGAGCCUUCCUCCGAGUCCGACUCCAUCCUGUCCUUCAUGUCGGGGCUCUCGGUGGGCUCCACGCUGCAGCUCUCCCUGGGCAGGCAGGAGAAGCAGCGGCCCGGCAGCGCUUCCGGCCGGGACACGGCGAGGAGGGAGCACAGCAAGGGCCGGCCGGAGCGGAAGGAGGCGGCCGGUGCCCGUCCCGCCGGCCGUGCCAGCGCCAGGCCGGAGCGGAGCCCGGCGCCCGCCAAGCCGGUGCCCAACCUGCCCGUGGUGUUCCGCGGCAGGACCGUCAUCUACAUGCCCAGCCUGGCCAAAGAUGCCCCCAGCCCACGGGCCACCCCGAAGAAGACCCCCGCGGCCAAGCCCGAGGCACGGCCGGCCAAGAACCUCUCUCUGAGCCAGCAGCGCUCGCGGAGCCUGCACCGGCUGGGCAAACCCCCCGAGACCGGGGACCUGGCGCUGCCCAAGAGGAGCACGACCCCGCCCGCCCGCAUCGGCAAAGGCCCCCCCUCCUCGGGCUCGUCCCGCACCUCCACGCCCUCCCAGCACGCCCCCAAGAAGCUGCCGUCGCCCUCCCAGGUCAACAAAAUGGGCGGCCCGGCCGCGGGCAAGGCGGGCGGCUCCUCCUCCCCGCCGGGACCCCCAGCCAGAGCCCCGGCCCCCAAAUCCCCGGCUCCCAGGCAGUCCAAGACGCAGAAAUCGCCCGUGCGCAUUCCCUUCAUGCAGAAGCCCAGCAGGAAGGUGCUGCCGGGCCGGGGGGCCAUGCCGGUGCUGGAGGAGCAGGUCGAUGGCUCCAAGGCUCGGCCCGGGGGCCCGGGGGGCAGCCGGCUCAACCUGGUGCGGAUGUCAUCUGCCCGCUCCAGCGGGAGCGACUCGGACCGCUCCGGCUUCCUGCGCCAGCUCACCUUCAUCAAGGAAUCCUCGAGCCUGCUGCUGCGGCACCGCUCCGACCUGUCCCCGGCGCCACCGGCCACCUCGCUGCCCCGCCGGGGUUCCCCCCAGCGCAGCCGCGGAGCCGCGCUCCCGGCCGUGUUCCUCUGCUCCUCCCGCUGCGACGAGCUCAAGGCGGCCAAACCGGCGAGCCCAGGCCAGCGGCCGCUCAUCCCCAGAGCCCAGCCCGGCGGCAAAGCCACGGCCGGGGUCAAGCCGCCGCGCCGGACCAGCUCCGAGAGCCCGUCCCGGCUGCCGGUGAAGACCAGCGCGCCCGCGGCCGAGCCCUUCAAGCGCUACUCGUCCUCGCCCAACAUCAGCGUGGCGCGGCGGGCGGCCAGCCCGUCCUCCGUGCGCUCCGAGGCGGCGGCGCGGCGGCGGCAGAACGAGCCGGCUCCCGGGGGGCCGCCGGGGAAGCCGCCGGUGGCGAUGAUGAAGGGCACGUGGCGGAGGAUCCGGGACGAGGACAUCCCGCACAUCCUCAAGAGCACGCUGCCCUCCUCCGCGCUGCCGCUGGCGGGCUCCGGUGACGAGGAGCCCCCGGCACCCCCGGUACCCCCCGGCACGCCCAGGAAGACCAGCGACGCCGUGGUGCAGACCGAGGACUUCGCCACCUCCAAGACCAACUCCAGCACCUCUCCCACGCUGGAGACCCGCGACGGACCCCCGCACCCCCGCGUCACCGGUGAUGGCGAAGCCCCCGCGCCCGCCAAGGCCGCCCUGCCCAUCUCCUUCGGCCACGAUGCGCCCGCCGGGACCUUCCCCGCCAGCCGGCACGGCUCCCCCAGCAAAGCCGCCCGUGUCACCCCCUUCAACUACGUCCCCAGCCCCAUGGCGGUGACGGCGGUGGCCGACAAGGCGGUGGAGAAAAUCCAAGCUUGAUGAUGUCCCAGUGAGGGUCCUGCGACACCUCCAGCCCCACGGAGCUGGCCAGGACUGUGCUGGGGGCACACAUGGGGAUUUGGGACAGCUGGGGACCAAUGAGUCACCCCAACCCGCUGCUGGCCCCGGCUGGGGUCUUGCUGUGCUGAAGCAUCACGAUUGCCAGCGGCAAGGACUGGACAGAACUGGGAACGUGCCGGGUCUGACACCCCAAGCUGGGGCGAUUCUCAUGGACCAUCUCCUGGUGCUGAUGGACAUCCAGGGACAAGCUGAGGUGGGGCCGUGUCCCCGCGUGCUCCCAUCCCGCUCACCCAGGGGUUGAACCAGAGCCUGAUCCCACAUGCCGGGAAGCUGACACAGCCCACCCUGGUACCGGGAAAACCCCACACGCUCCAGCUUGUCUGGCACCAACUCUGGCUCUGCCAGCGAUCACAGCUCGUUUAUUAACAGCGGAAGGGACUCAGGGGAGAGGCUUUGGAGGGGGAGAUGGGGGCCAGGACCCCCGUUUGUGCUGCUGGAGGCUCCUGAUUGCUGCUGGGUGACCUGUGCCGGUCCGAGGUGGUGGCAGGUGGAAAUGGUGCAGGAGGAGCCGGGCAGGGGCUCACAGGGGUGGCCAGGGUCCUGAUGGGCUCAUCCUGGGGGCUGCUCACAGGGUGCUGUCACCAGGCUGGGGGGCUGCCCUGGGAGGGGACAGGGUGCUAAGCCAGCACCGGGAUGCCCCAACCCCCAGGAAAGGGUCUGGGGUCCUUCACCUUCAUCCGCAGCCCCCCAGCCUCCCACCCCUGGGGCAGAAGAGCCUCGGCUCACAGCCAGGAUGCCGGUGUGUCCUUGUGGAUGUGGACACGAAUCCAUCCAGGACUGGAUUACGCCCACGAGCACGGGGCCUCCCGGCCCCAAAACCCCGGGGACACCCCCACUUCUGCUGCCAGCCGGGCCCAGGUGCUGAGACUGGGGUGUGUGGGAAGUGCCUCGGCCCCUGGGAGCGGGAUGGGCUUCAGAGGGACCCCCAAUCCAGGUGGUCCCAGACCCCAUGGAUACCUCCCCGUCCUCCCACCAUCACUACCUGCUUCGGGUGGGGCCACCUUUGUGCCCCCCCAUCCCAGUGCUGGGGGGUGCAGGGACAGACACAGGGCUAUGGGGACAUGUGCAGGGGACACACCUGGGCGGCUGUGGGGACACAGUGAGGGGCUCUGGGUUGUUGCACUGGGGACAUACAGUGGGGACAGGGAGACACCAGGACCGUGGGGAAAUGCAGGGUGUCCCCAAGGAUGUUCACUGGGGUUGUGGGGACGGGCACACCCCAGUGCCCACUGGAGCCCCCCUGCCCUGGCAGCGGCCGGCACUGAAGGAAAAGGUGGAAAAUCCCAGGAGCAGCACUCCCAAGUGCUGUAAGGGAGCACAGGGGUGGCAGGAGGGCCAGCAUCACCUCCCGGGAUCCGAGCCACUGCCCUCCCCCUCCUCCAUGGACAAUCCUGCCGAGCUCCGCUCCCCGUCACUGUAUCUAUGUACUAAGGAUGUUAUUUUACCAGACUCUGGACAGUAUUCCCAAUUAAAAGCCAACCUGUGUAAAUAGGAA